UUAAAACCUUGUUUUCCAAAUCCCCAAUUCACGUUACCUACGAAAGUCUUCUUCUUCAUUCCAAAAUCUGACUGCUUCGCUAUCGUCUGCUACUUAAUCACUCCCCUAAAAUCCAAAUCUCCAAUUCGAAGUCUUAAGAGAUGGAAGAAGAAGAGGUCCAGAAUAUGUGGUCCAUAUGGUGACAGACAACACUGCAAACUAUGUUGCCACUGGAGAGGGUGUCUCUCUUUCAAUGCUGCGAAUUCUGUGUGUUAUCAACAAAGUAUAGAUGCUAUAGUUAGCAUGGGCCUUGACUACAAAAGUCCGAACUUUCACAGUUUUCGUAGUUAUUUGUUGGCUAAAAAUGUUGAGGAGGUACAGAAUUAUGUUGAAAGCUAUAGUUCAACAUGGAAGACGACUGGUUGUACAAUUAAGACAGAUGGUUGGACAGAUCAAUGUAAACGAACUCUUAUGAAUUUUUCAGUUUAUUGUCCAAAAGGAACAGUAUCCUUAAAAUCUGUAGAUGCUUCAGAUGAAUCAAAAAGUGCUGACACGUUAUACAAGUUAUUUCGAGAUGUUGUGUUAUUUGUAGGUCCAGAAUAUGUGGUCCAUAUGAUGACAGACAACACUGCAAACUAUGUUGCCGCUGGUAGGUUAUUGGAGCUAGAGUUUCAAACAUUAUUUUGGUCUCCAUGUGCAGCUCAUUGCAUUAAUCUAAUAUUUCAUGAUAUUGGUAAGCUUGAUGAAGUUAGUAAUGUCGUAUCUCAAGCAUCGAAAAUCACAUGAAUUUGUGUGUAGGUCUAAUCUGGCUGUACUAUAAGUUGUGUUUGUUUAUGGUGGAUUCAUACUAGCUUGUGCCCAGAGUUUUACCUAGUUGG